GACACGCCCCUGUGUGACAUCAACCUCUCACACCCACAUCACGGUCACAUGAGUGUGACAUCAGGACGAUCUGAGAUCCACUCUAUGAAGCUACUGCGGCCCGUCCAAUAAGGAAAGAAGGCGAUCUAAAUGUAGAACUGUGCUACUGUAUGGUUUAAAGGCCAGAAAGGUGUCAGCAGUACAUAAGGAAGGUUUGCACAAGGCUGUACAAAACUGAUUGGGCUGGUUUAUACAUUCUACAGGGAAACCUCCUUUACACUACUCCAUUCUGGACACUGCUCAGGAGGGUGAGCUCAAUCUUUUAACAUGUGAUGGAAAAUGCUUGGUUCUGGAGCAGGAAUGGAGAUCAUAGGGGCUGAGCACUCAAGGCUUCUGGAUAGUCUGAAGACCACAGUAGAAGGGUUGGUGUCAGGCAACAGCAGAAAUGUGUGGUCCAAAUAUGGUGGCCUGCAGAGGUUGUGUCGUGAUAUGAGCAGCAUCUUUCAACAUGGACUAAUAUGUGAUCAGGUGUAUUGCAAGCAAAAAGACUACUGGAAUUUUGUGAAGAGCAGCCAGCGCCUCCAUCCUGGAACAUCCCCUCAAGUAGAGCAGUUCCUGCUCUUUUUUGAGAACAGCCAGCGGAAUUGUGAAAACAUCAGUGAGAAGGAUAAUGGCAAGCUCUGGUUGCAGCACAGUUUGCAAUUCCAUUGCCUAUCAGCUCAGCUAAAAGCAUUGCUUGGCAACAGGCAGUACACCAGAAAGUUUUACUCAGAAUCUGCCUUUUUACUGAGUGAGGCUCAUGUUGCUGCAAUGUUCCAGUGUCUUGAGGCCGUAGAACAGAAUAAUCCCAGGCUUUUGGCUCAGAUUGACACAUCUGUGCUUGCUGGCAAGAGACAACUCAACAUAUCAGAAAAAAGUCUGAGCCUAUCAACCCUGCCGGGAUCAACCGGUAUCCCAUACACUGAUAACACUCCGCAUUCUCUGUACAGCUCCUAUAGCAGUCUUCAGUCUUUUAGCUCUGAUUUCCGGAUUGACCAGCAGAAUAACCUUUACAGAGCUGUAUCUGAAAAUGAAUCCAUCAUUGUCUCUGUUGCUCCAGCUGAUGAUUCACCCCCACAUGAAGCAUUUUCACCUGUUAGUGAGAUGAGUGUCAGUACCCUUACCAGCCAAAGUGAGGAUGCUGGCAGUCCAGAGGAUCCCCACAGUGAGGCAGAUGAUGGUCCGGAGUACCUGGCCAUUGGCAACAUGAGCCGACGUUCAUCCAGUCAGAGUAGUGAAAGUUCAAACCUUUUCUCUUGUAACUCCCAAAAAACAGACUCUCUAAACUCAACCCCAACGGCCCCCCAAAACACAUGUUUACUUAGUGUUCCUCGGCGCUCCAGCUUCUCUGAGAUUCAGUUUGGGAAUGGACCUUGGCACACAAAAAAAAGCCAUAUGCGCUCACGUUCCGACACUAAUGUAACCAUAGGAAAGCCCCAAGGAAGUGACCGGAAUAUCAGCAUUAUAAUGGAAGACCCUGCAGCAGAGUCCCAUUCUGGGUUACGGAAUAAUCCCGCCCUGCUAGGCAAGAACAAAGCUAUAGGUUCCCCUUACAUAGAACAUGACAGUGCUCCAUACCUGAAUACUGCAGAAGGUGUUUUUCGGAGGCCAUCUAAGGGGCAGUCAUUAAUCAGUUACCUCUCAGAACAGGACUUUGGGAGCUGUGCAGAUCUGGAGAAGGAAAAUGCUCACUUCAGUAUCUCUGAGUCUUUGAUCGCAGCAAUUGAGCUGAUGAAAUGCAACAUGAUAAGCCGGCAGUUGCAGGAAGAGGAGGAAGACAGUGACCGUGAGAUCAGGGAGCUAAAGCAGAAAAUACGCCUGCGGAGACAGCAAAUCAGAAGCUGCCGAAAUCAAAGCGCCUAUACCGAAGGAGGAUCUAGCAGCCAAGGAAUGACAGAGAGUGGGUCACAGAUAAGUUCCCAUGAGUCCAUUCCAGUAUCAGAGUCUAGCUCUGCAGAUGAAGUGGAUCAGUAUGAAAUCAAAGAUUCUGAGAUCAAAAGAGGUUUAAACAGCCAUCACCUACAGUGUACUGAAUCCAUGUCCCACUCCUUUCUUUGUUCCAACUCUGCUGAGGCUGUGGCCAUGGGUCUCCUAAAGCAGUUUGAAGGAAUGCAGCUACCAGCUGCUUCAGAGCUUGAGUGGUUGGUGCCAGAGCAUGACGCGCCACAGAAGCUGCUACCAAUUCCAGAUUCUGUACCAAUUUCUCCAGAUGAUGGGGAGCAUGCAGAUAUAUAUAAACUUCGAAUACGGGUUCGUGGAAAUUUGGAAUGGGCACCGCCAAGACCACAAAUCAUCUUCAAUAUCCACACUGCACCUACAAAGAAGGCAGCAGUCACAAAACAGAACUACCGAUGUGCUGGCUGUGGAAUUAGGAUAGAAUCUGAUUACAUUAAAAGACUGCGAUAUUGUGAAUACUUGGGAAAGUACUUUUGCCAGUGCUGCCAUGAGAAUGCACAAUCUGUCAUCCCUGGGCGAAUCAUUCGAAAAUGGGACUUCAGCAAAUAUUAUGUCAGCAAUUUCUCAAAGGACCUACUUACAAAGAUUUGGAGUGAUCCUCUCUUCAACUUGCAGGACAUCAACAGCCCUUUGUACCGAAAAGUAAAGGCACUGGAACAAGUGCGGUUGUUGAGAAUACAGUUGGUGCACUUGAAGAAUAUGUUCAAAACAUGCAGGCUGGCUAAAGGAAUCCUGGAGUUGUAUGAUAUUGUGCCUGGACACCUGACGGAAGACCACCAUCUCUUCUCUUUAAGUGAUCUCACCUCCAUAAAGAAGGGGGAGUUGGUCCCACGGUUAAGGGAUUUAGUGAAAUCUGGAGCCCUACAUGUAGAAAAAUGCAUGCUCUGCCAAGCUAAGGGCUUCAUCUGUGAAUUCUGUCAGAAUGAAGACGACGUGAUCUUUCCAUUUGAGUUGAACAAAUGCCGGAGAUGUGAAGACUGUAAGGCUUGCUACCACAAAUAUUGCUUCCGCUCUGAAGAGUGUCCCAAGUGUGAACGUUUGAGAGCAAGAAGAGACCUUCUAGCCAAGCAAAGCCUGGAGUCGUAUAACUCUGAUCAGGAGGAUUUUGAUGCAGAAGAAACAUCAAUGGAGCAGACCGGUGACUGACAGAAGUCUUAACUAGCAUGAAAGGGCUAGACCACAGGUGGAAUCAGGUGUAACUGCAGCUUUCAUUUUUUUUUUUUUUUUAGUGCCAGUCAUCCAUGUGAGAAUUUGCAUCCUUCCAACAUAUUCUGAUAACACUGUUGGAUUAAAGGUUUCUUAGUGUUUGUUAUAUCUUUAUUUUUAAACCUUGAUUGUGAAAUAACAUCUGUUUUUUAUUAAUCAUUGGAUUUCUUGUUGUCAGAAAUUCACAGUAAUAACUCCUUUGUGAUCACUACAUACACUUUGGUGCUAUGUUGGAAUACCUUACAGCUGAGUUGUGUCAGAUCUCAUAUUUCCUAAAAAGCUGUAACAAGCGUAUUAGUUGGUCUAGUUUUACUACCUAAUAUACUAAUAAUAACUGCAUACUGUUCUGGAUUCUUCCAUUUUUCGCCUGCCUAACACUUCUCAGUUCUUAUGGAGGUGCCCCCUCUAAUUCCAUGCAGUCUGUGUGAUAUCUUUGGUAUACAAUUUAUAUGGAGAGUGGUGGCAAGUCUGCAUAGAAACAUGUAUAAGCUUGAGAAUUUGUUGUGUGCGCCGGUGUCAUAUAUUUGUGGACACGCAAGCACAUGCAUUAGAGGCCAUGCCAUCAUCUGCAUUCAGCCAGGGGUGGUGAAAUAUUCCUAAGAGUAAAAACCACAGAAAAUAAGAAGACCCAAAUUUACCAUAAAGAGAAACUCCAAAAGGUCAAAGCAGCCUAAAAAGGCAAAAACAGAACUGUGUUGUUGGCUAUGUGGCGGAUUGAUCUGCAAACCUGUAAUUUAAACUUGUGGCGCAUAUGCAGUUUGGGUCUCUUUAUUAUUUUAGAGGAAUGAAGGUAAGAGCUUUGCAACCAUCUUUUCCAGAUAUAGUCCUUAGGAAUCACAGUGAAUAUACAACUAGCUGUGACUAUAACAUGCAUGUGCUAUACAAAAAGUGAUUUUCUUUGACUAAAAUGGGAUAAUGAUGACAUUUACUCUAGAUCCUUUUUCAUUACCACAACUUAUCCCAGAAAUUCCCCAUGUGCCAUAUGCUGGUUGAACCCAGUGAUCCUGUCUGUGCUAAUAAUCUGCUUCAGUAGUUCUCCAGUAGUCACCAGUCCUAUUCUGAUACGCUUGUUCAGCUAACACGCCAAAUAGACACAUGAGAGGAAAGUUAUGUGUGAUCACAAUGGAGUUUGCGCAUGUAGCUGCCUAAAUUGUAGUGAUCCAUGGGAACUGCUGACGUUCAUAUACCUGAAGUUCACUGAAUUAGAUAAAUUCAUUCCCACGUUUCUAGAUAUGUUCUCUUUCCUUGUCUUGAUUCUGCAAUAAUAUUGGUAUAUUUUAGUACCAAGAAGUUGCUCAGAGUUGGUUGGUUUUAAUUGCACAAAGGGUGAGCUAUUGUAGCUUAGUGUUAGACCUCUGCAAGAUGCUUUCCUGCAAGCUCAAUGGCUGCAAAUGAUGGUAGCCAGCAAAAGAAGGAAUGCUGCCAUGACACAUUAUUCUGGAUUACAUUUUAGCUGGGAAUAUGCAGUGCAUGAACCCUCAUCUUCCUUCAGUUACAUAUGGAUUCAUAGUGUCUAAGCUAACAUGACUAAGUUAAAUAGCACAAGGCUUUUGUGUGAGGACCAGAUCUUUUAUUAUUGCACUAAUGUACUAACUGAUUGUAUAUCUUUAGAGAGACCAUCCAUUAGACCAAUAGUUCCAAGCAAUUCAUGUUAUCUGGAUAGUCUCACAGCAUCACACAUUACUCUAUUACAGUAGAGCUGGCCAUACACUUAUAGAUCAGUCAAACUAACGACUGAUUUGGACACCCAUGUACUGGGCGGAAUUGUACAUCCCAUUGUUUACUUGCUGGCCAAUGAUAACAUUAAACUGCCAGCCCACAGAGACUAAUUUGGUGAUAACCGCACUGAUUCGAUCUUCAUCCAAUGGGAUUUUAAACCCGCCGUUUAGAUCUUUGGUGAUUGUUUGUCCAGAUAUCAGUCAGACAGACCUUGCAGAGAGGCCAAGUCAGGAGCUUUUUCUUUCCCCUUGUAUGACCAACUUUACUUACCUGCUCUACGUGACCGCUGUGUGAAUAUCCAGAAAACAUAUUCUAUGGGGGGGGGAGUGCAGUGGCAUAGUACCAUGUUUGGGCCACUACAGCUCAGUGUGUAAAUUGGUUUUGCUUGCUGCGGUGCCAAAGCAUAUAAGAUAUGUUGGACAAUGGCACUUUGCCCCUCCUGCACUGAAAGUGUUAAAAGGCUUACUUAUUAACCGUAUGCAUUUAAUGUUAUUUAAUUUAAUGCACUUUUUAAUCUGUUUAUCUGGUGCUGAGUUUAUCUGGAGUCAAGCUCACUAGAAAGUUUUAAUGCAUAUCAUCCACCCGCUUAGAAGUCUUUCUCCAUUUUGUGCCCGGUUCUCCCUGGACUAGCAUGUGCCGGCAUGAAAGGGAGAGCUGCAAGUAAAGAAAGAGCUUCAUAAAACCGGGUCCUGAGAAUUUCCAAUUCUAGUAACCAAAAUUCUAGUAGUAAUUUAAAACACAAUCCACAGAGCCAAUAUCCAUACUCAAAAUUUGUUUUUGCACUUUUAAGACUAAACCCAUAUCAGUAUGAGAACAGAAAAGUAAUAAUGUCUUAUGAGUGAAGAAUAAAUGGCACUUUAGUAAGUGUUGCUUUUGGCCGUUAAUGAGCAAUGGCUAUACAGUAUAUCGCGGCACGUAGUUGUUUGAGGGUUGUCCAUUUCCGGGAUCAACCCUCUUUUCAAGCAAUACCGUUAUAUAUACUAUCUUUUUUUUGAAAAAGUAUUCAGACCAUUUAACUGAAUAAGAAAUCCUAUACCUACUAGUUUUGUCUGUGUGAUUUUUAUAUCUAUGUUUCAAAUUUUAUUUCAAAGCACUGAAAAUCAAAUUUUAAUGCAAUGUGUAAAAUCCUUAGAAACAAAUAUAUAUAUAUAUAUGCUUAUUGCAUGAGUAGAGCCACAAAUGUAUUGUAGCACCUUUUGCAGCAAUAACAUUAUUUUGGGGUAAGCCUGCAAUGCUUGGUACAAAACUGGACAUAUCUAAUUAGUAGGCCCAUUUCCUACCAACAUACCUACACCCAAACCUGAUUUUUUACCUGCUGCAGGACCCUGGGUGAUUUUGGCCAAUUCUUCCAGGUGGUCUGGGUCUUUCAUAGUAGAAUAGUGCCACACACCCUGUUUGAAUGAGAUGAGGGAUUUGAUUGGGUCAGUAUAGUAAACUAAUUUAUCUUUUCUGUUUCUGGCCUUGUAUUUGGGUUAACUGUCCUACUGAGAUUUGACUUUGGCCCAUGCUUUAGUUUAUAGUAGCCUGACACAGGUUCUGUUACCUUGUCCCUAUGUUUUGCACCAUAUACCAAGAUGCCCACAUCAUAGUUGUAAAACCUAAGGUGCUUGGUCAACAUCUAACAGGAACAGCCUAGAGUAAAUCUACCAGGGAAAAGUGGACCAUGUAAUGAAAGGCACUAAGAUUGCCCAGGAGCAGUAACCCAUUGCAACCAAUCAGCAGGUAGAAUUUUCUGGUCACCUGUUUAAAAGAAAACAGCUUAUUGGUUACUAUGGGUUAUGGCUAUUGAGCAAACUUAGUGUCUUUUAUUUAAUAUGCGGGUUAAAGCUGCAAAAGGUGGCAAUAUACUGAAGACCGUAAUAAAAUUAACAUACAAAUUUUUAACAUUCCAAAAAUCAAGUACAGAGUUUCUCAAACCAUUCCAGAUUUAACCCUUGAAUGAUCAGGAGUUUGAGAUGCUUGUUAAAAGGAAAAAAUGUGAUCCCUAAGUCAUCCAAUUGUUUAGAUUCUGCCAGGAGCACCUUUGGUGUUUUGCCUCUAUAACUUUCCUUGAGAUAAGCUAAAUUGUUAAAACACCUGGAAUUUUCUAUGAGCAGUGUUUACUAAAAUACCUGUGAUAUAGAUAUCCCACAGACCUUGCAGUUGGCCAGCUGAUUACUGCUACUUAUAUCAAAAAUGCUCUUGCAAAAUGGUACAUGUACUUUUUCACUGUUAAAAGCUCCACAGGCCUCAUACACUUGGUUAGUAUAUUGCAAGACUCCCCUGCGGGCUCCAGAUAACAGCCAGGUAAUUGUAUUAAGGAGGGAAUUCCUUCCAAUGUAAAUGUAUUGUGAAAAUAUUCUGUAAAUACUAAUAGUGACCUGUAUAAAUAAUACUGAUAUGUACCUUCUGUCUGGGAAACAAGUACAACUAGUCCGUCCUAAAUAAACAUCAGAUUUAAA